GUACGCUACUCGUCAUUAACGGCACUCGGAGUACAACAUGGCGUCCACCUACAGCCGAGAAUGGAGAGCGGUGUGCGAGAAAUUUCGCCGAGCCCAAGAUCUUUCCGAAAUCGAAUCGCGAAAUGAUCCAGAAAACGACCCUUUCCGAUCUAAAUACAAAGCCAGGGAGCUGUUAAAGGAGAUCCACUGUGCGGUUAAGAAUUUCGAGGUGGACGACGGUGAGAACGAGGGCCAGGAGGCGGACGGACAGAUUGGAGAAAUCGUGGACGGGGAGGCGAUAAACAGAGGAGUCAAUAAGGUCCAUGCGGGCGACUCAACAGCAGGACUCAGAGCAGCUAAACUCGGUGUGAUUGCCUAUCACCUUGGUGUGAACCAUAUCGAAACCGAGGAGCUUUCAGCUGGUGAAGAGUAUUUAACAAACUGUAUGAAAUCACUGGAUGAGUGCACGGUAACACGGGAAAACGUCUCUCUCAACAUACAAGUCUUGAACCAGCUUGGCAUCUUAUGGGCCGGACGAGACGAAUCCGAGACAGCUCAAGGCUUUUUAGAAACGGCUGAGUCAGUUUACGUUCGCUACAUGAAAGAGGAUGGCCAACCGCCUUUGGAUUUGAUAGAUUUCUUUGUGCUUGAAGAAGAUGCACCAUCCCAACAAGAGAAAAUAAGGAGAUUUGAAAUGGCGUACACGCACACACUUUAUUAUCUGGCUCAAGUGUAUAAAAAUAUGGGUCAGUAUGAGAGAGCAGGACAGUAUUGUCACAGCACAUUGCAGAGGCAGCUGAAGUUCAGCCCGUUUGUGCCAGUGGAUUGGGCCAUCAACGCUGCCACGCUGUCACAGUAUUAUAUUACCAAGUCACGAUACAUGGAGGGACGACACUGUUUGGCUGCAGCCAGUGUCAUCUCUGGCCUGGAGGAAAUCCCUUCAGAAGCUGCUGCCAAAGAAAGUGAAGCUGAAUGUGAAAAACGUGAGCAGUUGCUUCAGAAAAGAGCUGAAAUUGCAAGGUGCUGGAUCAAAUACUGCCUUAAUCUGUUACAAGAUGCGAGAAAGCUUCUGGAGGACAACAUUGGAGAGUUGGACCUGGACCGACAAGAAGAGCUGCAAAGAGCCAGACGAGAUGAGGAGGAAGAAGAGAAAGGAAAAAGGACAGCAUUUAUCUUUGAUUCUGCUGACACGUUCGAUUCCAUUUGCAGCCUGGAGGAGAAGGUGAACUGCCAAUUUCCAUUGAACUUCGAAGAAGCCCGGGCUGUAUUUCUGGUGGGUCAAAGCUAUGUGACGCAGGCCAAGGAGUAUUUUGAGAUAGAUGGUCACGUAACAGACCACACUGAGAUCAUCCAGGAUCACAGCGCUCUUUUUAAGGUCCUGGCCUUUUUUGAGGAGGACCUGGAGCGUCGAUGCAAGAUGCACAAGCGACGUGUGGACAUGCUUGAGCCCAUCUGCAAGGAGCUGAACGCUCAGUUCUACUUACUGAUCUGCCGCCAGUUGCAGUUCGAACUCGCUGAGACCUUCUAUGCAAUGAUGGACCUAAAACUGGCUGUGGCAGAAAAGCAGGACCAGCCAGAUGCACACACGAUAAAGAAGUUUAACCACUUAUGCUCAGAAUCCAUCAAAUACUUCCAGAUGUUCCUUGACUCUAUUCGCUCCCCAGAGGGCAAGUUUCCUGAAAAACUCGAAGAUGACGUGCUGAGACCGGCCCUGGUUGCUAAGUUUCGUAUUGCUCGACUUCAGUCCAAGAUCAUCUCAGGAAACCAGGCCACUCAACUGGAGAAUCUCAGCCUCUCGUUGGAGUCGUACAACUUUGUUGUGCAGUAUUGUGAGAUGCACCCAGAAGCCAGGAAAGCUGUGGAAAUCGAACUGGAGCUGAGUGAAGAAAUGGUGUCCCUUCUCCCUAUGAAGAUUAAAAGAAUAGAGAGUACAGUUGCUUCCUCCAGCUAAGCUGAAAUAGUGAUCACUUUGUAAAGAAAGUUACAGACUAUAAUAAGAGCUCACAUGGAAAUAAAACACUACACUUAUUCCACUUUAACUUUAAAGCAUUGUUACAGAACAGAAUAUACACUUAUAUCAGUCUUCAUGUUUGUCACAGCCUAUUUUCCCAGUCUGCUCUAGCUGUGCAUUAAUUCACUUUUGCUUGAACAAACCUUGGAGCAAACUAGCAUUGGGAGCCUUUUCCCUGUACCUUCUUGGCUAAACUGCAUGAUUAUCACUAAUUUAUUUAAUGGUACAGUACAUUGACAUGUCUAUCACAUCAUGCUCAAUGCUAAAUAUGAUAUAACUGUUAAAUGCAUUUAUGCUUAAUAAAUAAAUCUAUUUGUUAACAAUA